GCGGCGGCGGCGCGCAGGCGCAGAGCGGACGGCGGCGGCUGCGGGAGCAGCACCGGGAACUGCAUCGGGAAUUGCAUCGGGAAUUGCAUCGGGAGCUGCAGCCAUGCCGGGGCUGUUGCUGGGGGAUGAGGCGCCCAACUUCGAGGCGGACACCACGCAGGGUCGCAUCCGCUUCCACGACUUCCUGGGAGACUCGUGGGGCAUCCUGUUCUCCCACCCGCGGGACUUCACCCCGGUGUGCACCACGGAGCUGGGCCGGGCGGCCAAGCUGGCAGCCGAGUUCAGCAAGCGCAACGUGAAGAUGAUCGCGCUCUCCAUCGACAGCGUGCAGGACCACCUCUCCUGGUGCAAGGACAUCAAUGCCUACAACGGGGAGCAGCCUGCAGAGAAGCUGCCCUUCCCCAUCAUCGCUGACAAGAACCGGGAGCUGGCUGUGCAGCUGGGCAUGCUGGACCCGGACGAGCAGGACAAGGACGGCAUGCCCCUGACGGCUCGUGUGGUGUUCGUUUUUGGCCCUGACAAGAAGCUGAAGCUCUCUAUCCUGUACCCAGCCACCACUGGGAGAAACUUUGAUGAGAUCCUGAGAGUGGUGGACUCCCUGCAGCUCACAGCAUACAAGAAGGUCGCUACCCCUGUGGACUGGAAGCCCGGUGACAGCGUCAUGGUGGUGCCCACCUUAGCCGACGAGGAGGCCAAGAAGCUCUUCCCCAAAGGGGUCUUCACCAAGGAGCUGCCCUCGGGCAAGAAGUACCUGCGCUACACCCCGCAGCCAGAGUGAGGGCUGGCUGCCUGGCUGUCUGUCUGUCUGUCCUGCUGGGAUGCCAGAGCCUUCCUGAGCCCAGCUCCUGCCCCUCUGACACCGCACCACCCACGGCCUCGUCCUGGCACUCUGCUGCUGCAUGGCAGCACUGAACCAGCUCAGCACCAGCCCAGAACCAACCCUCCUGAAUCAGCCCAGAACCAGCCCUGAACCAGCUCAGAACCAUCCCUGAACCAGCUCAGAACCAUCCCUGAACCAGCUCAGCACCAGCCCCCUGUCCUCAUUCUACCCAAAACCACUGGUGUCUCUGCUCAUCUACCAGACCAUCAGACCAGCCCUCCUGUCCCUCCAUUCCCAUCCCCUCAGAACCAACCCCUGGGUGUUCUCCUGCCCUGUACCAAAAUCCUCCUGAACCAGCCCUCCUGUCCCUCCAUCCCAUCCCCUCUGACCCUGGGUGUUCUCCUGCCUCAGCCCAGCCCAGAACCAGCCCUCCUGUCCCUCCAUUUCUAUCCCCCCAAAACCAACCCCUGGGUGUUCUCCUGCCUCAGACCAGCCCAGACCAGCUCCGUCUCAUUCCAUCCUCAACAACCUGGUGUUCUCCUGCCUGUACGCCUCCUGUCCACCCCAUCCCUCAGAACCAACCCCUGGGUGUUCUCCUGCCUCAGCCCAGCCCAGUACCAGCCCUCCUGUCCCUGACCCCAUCCCUCAGAACCAAGCCCUGGGUGUUUCCCUGCCUCAGCCCAGCCCUGCCUGGUCCCCAGAUGGCACUGCAGGGCUCCUGCUGUGCUGUCCCCCCCCUGUUUGGUGCCAGCCCCGAGGUGUGCUGAGGAGGGGUGUCCUGCUGGGCCAGGAGCUCUGGGGGCUCCAAGCUGCUGUGUGCCUUUCAGAGCAGCCAUCUAACCUGUGCUCCACGAGUAGGGGAGGAGCUGCAGAGCUAAACCUCUCACCUCUUAAUGCUUUCUUGUCUCUUGCUGGAAGGUGAUGGUUUCCAGGUUUUGUGGGAGAGGGAAUUAAGCAAAUAAACUGACCUUCAGUACUA